CAUCAUUGCAACCAAACCUUUUCUUCUUAGUGUAAAGAACAAGAAUCUAAAGAAAUUAGUAACAAUGUCGACUGAGGAUAAAGCUGCCUAUCAUGCUGGAGAGGCCAAAGGACAAACUCAGGAGAAAGCAGGUAACUUGGCAGGAAAGGCUUCUGAUGCCGCUACAGGAGCUAAGGACAAGACUGUAGAGACUGCUCAGGCAGCAAAGGAUCAUGCAGUAGAGGGAAAGGAUAAUGCUGGUAGCUAUCUGCAACAGGCUGGAGAUAAAGUGAAGAGUGCGGCGCAGGGAACAACAGAAGCUGUCAAGAACACUUUAGGCCUUGGAGAGCAGAAAUAAAAGCUACUGGGCCUCUAUCGUUCGGAGUGCCAUUUGAAAUUAAUAUUGAUCUAGUUAUGUUUGCUUUGGACUGCUUUUAUUGUAAUAAUAUGCUCAAGCUUUAAUGGUUAUGUAAUUUCAUGCAUUAAGUUAUUAAGUGGAUGUGUUUUAGUUUGAAUUAUCAUUAAAUAAAUAGGUGAAAUUUGCUUUUCUUAUCG